GAAUCGAUUCAUGAUCAAGUAGCUAUAGGUUUGUUUGACAUCGCUGUUCACUGAAUCGUUGCAUGUUUUCCACUCUGAAGUAUUAUAUUAAUAUUUAAAAAUGAAGCUUUAUAUUGCUAAUUGUUUAACAGUUUUAUCUUUUUUGGUGUCUAUUGUUUCCUCUUAUGAAAUAAACGAAGUAAUAGGAUCUCCCGAUAAUUACAUAAUUGAAGGUAAAGUCUUUCCUCCCGAAGCAGUGAAUGACAAUUCAAACUGGCAAUCAGAAACAACAGUUUUAUUAAAAGGAGGAUACCAAAUGGGAUUUAUUAGAGAGGAUGGAAGUUUUGUGAUCAGCAACGUUCCAUCGGGAUCGUAUGUUGUCGAAGUUUUCAAUCCGAACUACAUGUACGAACCAGUGAGAGUAGAAAUCAACUCCAAGGGCAAAUUUAGAGCUCGACGAGUCAACUACAUUCAGACAUCUCAGGUCAUCCAGGUGCCGUAUCCGUUGAAAAUGAAGCCAAUCUCACACGCCAGAUACUUCCAAGUUCGCGAGCAAUGGAGAGCCACUGAUUUCCUAUUCAAUCCGAUGGUUCUCAUGAUGGUCCUUCCAUUAUUAUUGGUCAUGGUUCUACCGAGAUUGAUGAAUGAUCCCGAAACUAGAAAGGAAAUGGAGCAACUGAAUAAUUUGGCGAAAUACGACAUGCCUGAAAUGUCUGAGGUGAUCACCACAUUCUUUGCAGCCGGCGACAAACAAAAGCAGAAAUCCAUCAAAUCUGCGAAGAAGAGCAAACAAGGCAGUUCCAGCAGUAAUAAUUGAUAUCAAGUUGUGUUAAACUAAUUCUGAAACAUUUUUUAAAUUGCUACUCAGAUGUCUAUUGUAUUUAUUAAAAAUUAUUAUGGAAAUGUUUUCAGUGUUACCCAUGAAGUUUGUUGAUAUGAGAUCUUUAUAUUAUGUAUAUGAGUAUACAGUAAUUGAUACACUAUUCAAUAAAUAAUCUACACAUCUGAAAAUUAUCUGUUAGGUACCUGCGAUUUUUAUCUAUAUCUUCUACUUGUUUGG